AUGAUUGACAUGGACACGGACCUAUUGCAUGUCUCAGUGUGCAGUAAACCAGUGUGCAGAGAAGCGCUCACGCAGAAUGCAGCUGCGCAGGAGCGGGAGCAGAGGGAGGAGCAGGGCACAGCCAUAGCAGAGGGAGGAGCAGGGCACAGCCGAGGGAGGAACAUGGCGGAUGGGGACAGCGGGAGCGAGCGCGGCGGUGGUGGAGGAUUCCAACACUUCCAAAGGGACCAGGAGACCCAGGAGCUGGCGUCCAAGCGCCUAGACAUCCAAAACAAACGCUUUUACCUGGAUGUAAAGCAAAACAGCAAAGGCAGGUUUAUAAAGAUCGCCGAGGUUGGGGCUGGGGGCUCCAAAAGUCGCCUGACUCUGUCGCUGUCAGUGGCAGCCGAGUUUCGGGACUAUCUCGGGGACUUCAUCGAGCAUUACGCACAGCUUGGACCGAGCAGUGCGGAGCAGAUCGCCCAGUCCAGCGCCGGGGAAGACGGCGGCCCGAGGCGAGCUCUCAAAAGUGAGUUUCUUGUCCGCGAAAACCGCAAGUACUACCUGGACCUGAAGGAAAACCAGCGAGGGAGGUUCCUACGCAUCCGGCAGACCGUGAACCGGCCAGGCUUCGGGGUCGGGGGCCCUGUGGGGGGCAUGCUGUCCGGGCAGACCAUCGCCCUCCCGGCCCAGGGCCUCAUAGAGUUCAGGGACGCGCUGGCCAAGCUCAUCGAUGACUACGGCGGGGACGACGAUGAACUGACCUCCGGGACCGCUGCUGGGGCCUACGGAGAGCUGCCCGAGGGCACAUCCAUCAUGGUGGACUCCAAGCGCUUCUUUUUCGAUGUCGGCGCCAACAAGUACGGGGUCUUCCUGCGAGUGAGCGAGGUGAAGCCGAGCUACAGGAACUCCAUCACCAUCCCCUUCAAAGCUUGGAGCAAGUUUGGAGGCGCGUUCAGCCGCUACGCGGAGGAGAUGAAGGAGAUCCAUGAGCGACAGAAAGAUCAACCAUACGAGAGGAGAGAAGAGUCUGAGGUGGAGGAUGUGGAGGACGACUGA